UCUACGAUUUUUGCUGUCAUUAUUUUUGACAAUAACAAAAAGUAAUUUUUCUCUCUUUUCCGUCUUCAUUUCUUAUUGCACUUUUAAUCGUUAAAUAAAAAUAUUUGUACAUUUGUUGAAAAACAAGUGGUCAUUUAACAAAAUAAUUUAAUUUGUUACAAUUUUUUCAACAUUUUGCAAAUUGUAAACUUAUAAUGUUUUGCAUUUGCGAACAUCGAAAAACAAAAAAGAAUUUCCAAUGCAUGAAAAUAAAAGAGAAAAAGUGAAGAACGAAAAAAAUAAUAUAAUUAAAAACGUCAUAGUAUAAAAAAUUAAGCAAUUUUGCAAUAAUAAUAAGUGAAGCUCUGUUUGGGUCUAUAUAACAGACCUAUUUAUUGAUAGAUAAGCUGGAAAAAAGAAUUCGUGUAUACGAGUUUGGUAAAAAUGAUAAAUCCAAAACAUUACAAUUCGAAACGUAUCAAUAUCAGCCACCUACUUAAUGAUCGUAUGUUAUAUAGCAAUUUCGGUCAUCAGGUCAGAAGGCACUUGCAGUCUGCGCCACCCUUUCUACAUCGCCUGGAACAGGAUGGUAUCUUAAAAGGCCAUGAGGGUUGUGUUAAUUGCUUGGACUGGAGUAGCGAUGGGCGUAUAUUGGCUUCAGGUUCCGAUGAUUUACAACUAUGUUUAUGGGAUCCAUUUCGUAAAAAGCGCAUACAGAGUAUUAACACCAAACAUUAUGGCAAUAUAUUUUCGGUUAAAUUUUUACCCAAACACAAUGAUAGUCUCAUUGCUACAGCGGCAGCAGAUAAGACAAUAAUGCUGUUUGAUAUUAAUCAACCAUCAGAAUCGAUAUAUACGUGCCAUUGUCAUUUUUCUAGGGUAAAACGUUUAGCCACUGCACCAGAUUCACCCUUUAUAUUUUGGUCAGCCGGUGAAGAUGGCACCGUCAUGCAGUUGGAUCAUCGUGAAAAACAUACAUGCCGUUCAUUUGAUAAUCAAGUGUGCCUUAUUUAUCUCAGAUCUGAAAUCGAUGAAAAUGCCGAAGCCAAGUGUAUAGCAGUAAAUCCUGUGCGCACAGAGUAUAUCGCAGUGGGAGCUAAUGAUCCCUAUGCUCGUGUCUAUGAUAGACGCAUGUUGAAGAAAGUUGCUUCGGGUUACCGCAACGUUGAACGUAGACGUGACACUACCGAAACGUCUGCCAUACCUAAGGAAUGUGUUACCUAUUUUUGUCCUGGUCAUAUUAGUAAAAACAAUACAAAACGAAUUGAACACGAAUCUCGUGCUAUUACUCAUCUCACCUUUAAUGCCACCGGUACGGAGUUGUUAGUGAAUAUGGGAGCUGAACAUAUAUACCUUUAUGAUUUAAACAAUGCUGAACAGCCGAUUUUUUUGAAUUUACCAGAAUACAAAACCACAAAUGAUAUAGAUUGUAGUGUUAGUGGUGGUGAUAACGAGUCAACACCACAAACACACAAUCGCCGAAAGUUGCCCGAACACAUAGAGGAUUUCAAGAAACUAGGUAAUGAGUUUUUAGAAAAUGAAAAGUAUUAUCUUGCCAUACGUACCUAUUCAGAUGCUAUAAGCCAGGCGCCUCAAUGGCCGGUCUUGUAUCUAAAUCGUGCUACGGCUUAUAUGAGGCGCCUGUGGUUUGGUGAUGUUUACGCUGCUUUAAAGGAUUGUCAUACAGCACUGAAAUUGGAUCCUACGUAUGUUAAGGCACACUUUCGUUUGGCCCGCUCUUUGCUGGAGUUAGGAAGGACACAGGAAGCUGACGAAUGCUUAAAGGAGUUAAUAAGGCGUUUUCCCAAUUACGCCAACAAUCACGGAGUGCUAAUGUUAAAUAAGGAUAUCAAGGAGAAUAGACAGACUACACCUCAACAGCAUCAACAGCAACAACAUUCACCAGGAUCAGAUAUUCUAGAUCGAGGAGAAAUGUCUGAUGAUGAAUUCUAUUGGCGUUGCAAAGCCAAAGAUUAUGCUCAACGUUUUGUGGGUCAUUGCAAUACUACCACAGACAUUAAGGAGGCCAACUAUUUUGGUUAUGAUGGCCAGUUUAUUGUUGCCGGUUCAGAUGAUGGUAAUUUUUUUAUAUGGGACCGUAAAUCGGGUAACAUCGAUAGUAUCUACAAGGCGGACAGUGCCAUAGUCAAUUGUGUUUUACCCCAUCCAGAAAUAUGCUUUAUGGCUACCUCGGGCAUAGAUCAUGACAUUAAAUUAUGGUCGCCCAUGCGGGAUGAAGAAAAACCGCAUUUUGUUGACCCAGUGGGUCGUUGUGUCGAAGAUAAUCAAUUGAAAAUGAAAACCGAUCCAUUUGAAAUAAGUACUCGCAAUGCCUUCUGUUGGAAUGGAUAAUGUUAUUAUGAAAGAAAAGAGAAUAUAAACAAGUUUUUGUGAUUUCCUAUUUUACAAAAAAUCAAAUUUGAAAAAAAAGAAAUGGUAAAACGUGCAUAGAUCAAGUGUUAAGUUCUUAAUUUGUAGUUUGGUCGCAUAAAGAACAUGUUUAAUGAAUUAAAUGUCACCAAGUGAAUGUGGUAGUGAAAUUGUAAGUUAAAUUUAAAAAAAAAAACUGUGCUUAAGCAUUGUGACCAUAAUUGGUAUAGAAAAGAAAACAUUUUUCUUGCAAUUAUCCCUUAUAGUUUAUAACAAUAUGACAUAUUU